AUGGCUUUCGAUUCCAUCAACCCGUCUUCCUCCCUUAACGUCCUCUCUUCACGAUCUUGUGUCAAAUGCUCGGAUUCCGCGCCCUCAUGCCCGACUUGCGAUGAUGGCUACACCUGUACCAUGGUCAGUCAGUCUUGCGACCAGUGUGCCACUACGAAAUGUAUCCCAUCUGCCAGCGACUCGAACUCUGGGGGCAGCUCGUCAGGAGGAGGUAACGAUGCGGGUGCCAUUGCAGGUGGUGUCAUCGGUGGUGUCGCCUUUGUUGCAAUCGUUACGUUCCUAGUAUGGUGGUUCUUCAUUCGCAAGAAGCGUAAGGAGUACGCCCAGCAAGCCGCCGCCGACUGUGAAAAAUCAUCCACAUCGCCAUCUGCCAACCCCUCCAGGAAAUCGACCCAUUCCAUCGCCUCUACCGUCCUUACUCGCGCCUCCAACGUCAUCCAGAUUGCCUACAUCCCUGGCGUUACCAACCGAUCACCCCCGGAAACCCCGCUUGUACCUCCUGUUCCCCCGCUCCCCGGUGCUCACCCGGACCAGCAUUUCUUCAUGCCCGGUGACUUGCGCGACUCGUCUUGGUCCGACAUGACGACGCAGGAGCGCCAGAGCAUUGCACCCAGCCUUCGCAGCAGCGUGGCCACCACGAUCUACCGCAACAACGCCAUUGUUAGCCCCAUGCCUGCGCAGCAAGUCAUGCGUACCCGAGCUGCGGUCGUCAGCAUCCACAACGGACCUAACGACCCUCAGACGGUUCAGGCGGCACCCGACGCUCCUGCUGUUCCCGCAAUCACGCAGGCUCAACUCGCCAAGGCGGGCGUUGCCAACCCCAACGCCAACGCCAACAGCUCGAUCGUGGCGCGGACCAUGGUCGCCAAACCAGUCAUGGUCAGAGGACCCUCGAAAAAGAAGAACGCGAACAAGAACGACGCCAAGUCCCCUGCAGUCCAGACGAUCUCUGAGCGGUCAGAGUCGAGCGCCUCUACUUCAAACAAAGCAGCCAACCAAUCCACCUCUGGAUUCGAUGCCAGCUCGUCAGAAGAUGAAGACGAAGCUUCUCGACCCGCCCCCAGCAAUGCCAAACCUACCGAGACUGCCCAAUCUGAACCACAGUCGCGAGCACCGACCGUGAUCGAGGAUUCGCCCGCCACCAACCAAGGUCCUUUCACGGACCAACUCACAACAGAGGCCGACACGCGACGAACGUCACGAACGUCGUCUCACCUGGAGGCCAACGAUGGUACUCGAUCCAACCGAAGCAGCAGAGGUCCUCCUCCCGCUCGUGUCGAAAGUCCAUUCUCCGACGCGAACGAGGUUAAAUAA